AUGGACUCGGAAUUAAAUGAGCAUCUGAUGUUGAAUUCGUUGCAAAUUACAAAACAUCGCAACUAUGAUACGCUCAAGCAAUGGUUGGGUACAGGUCUAUUGCUAAGCAAUGGCCGUAAAUGGCACCAACGUCGUAAAACGAUUACACCAACAUUUCAUUUUAAAAUAUUGGAAGAUUUCGUACAAGUGUUUGAUCGACAAUCGUCUGUGGCGUUGCAGUGUUUGGCUGAGGUGGCCGAUGGCAAGAUCGCUGUUGACAUUUAUCCAUUUAUGUGCCGGUUAGCUUUGGAUGUGAUUGCUGAGACAGCGAUGGGCACGAAAGUCAAUGCACAAAUUGAUAAAUCUAUGCCGUACACAUCGGCUGUUAAAGAAAUGACAGCUAUGAUGGCUUGGCGUUUUCUUCGCUUACACAUACAAAAUGAAGUGACGUUUACUCUAUUCUAUCCAUUGAAAAAAUUGCGACAAAUGAAACUAAUAAGAAUUAUGCACAAAUUUACACGUGACGUCAUAGAGAAACGUCGUCAAGAUUUGGAAAAUAAAGUCGAACGAAAUGACGAUUCAGAUAUUGGCUCUAAGAAACGUAUGGCCCUAUUGGAUCUGCUGUUGCAAGCAACAAUUGACGGUAGGCCCUUAAGUGAUGAAGAUAUACGCGAAGAAGUUGAUACAUUUAUGUUUGAGGGUCAUGACACAACAACAUCGGCUCUAAGUUUUACAUUACAUCUUUUGGCAAGGCAUCCUCAGGUACAAAAUAAACUAUUAACCGAGAUUCGUAAAGUAUAUCCCGAUGAGGAACAUAACAAAUUUACUCUGAUGAAUUUGAAUGAAUUGAAAUACAUGGAGUGUGUCAUUAAGGAGGUGUUACGCCUUUAUCCCUCUGUACCGAUAAUUGCACGAGAAAUUGUUGAAGAUUUUAAAUAUGAACAUUCGAAAUUAGGUAGCGGUGUCAUACCAGCUGGUACCGAGUUUGUGAUCUCCUUAUAUGCCAUGAUGCGUAAUGGUACACGUUUCAAAGAUCCUUUAGAAUUUCGUCCAGAACGUCAUGAAGAACACGAUGCAAGCAGUAGUUUUUGUUUUGUCCCCUUUAGUGCUGGUCCUCGUAACUGUAUUGGUCAAAAAUUUGCCAUGUAUGAAAUGAAAGUAAUUUUGGUAAAAAUAUUACAACGUUAUGAACUGUUACCGCUGGGCGAAGAUAUUUCGCCGGUUAUGAAUAUUGUUAUGCGUUCUGAGACUGGUAUGCAAUUGGGUCUCAAAGAAAGAACAUAA